AUGUCUCCCGACCGUCGAAGCCAGGACCACCCGGUCGGCGCCAUUUUCUUGUCCCGCCGCAUCCCCGCGUUCUCCCGGCGCCCACCCCGCCCGUGCCGGGGUCGGGACACCCGCGGGCCCGACUUCGGACGAAAAGCCCUGCGCCCGGCGUCCCCCCGAGGGCGCCGGCCCUGCGGCGGGCGGAGCGCCCCUGGGCCGGCCGUCCUGGGGCGCGGGCUCGCGGCCGUGACGUCACGCCCGGGACCGGCCGAUGCGGGGAGGCCUCGCGGCGGGUGCCGGCCGUGUGCGCGGGAGCCGCGGGCACCCAGAGAGGACCGGCUGCGAUGCGAGCCCCGCUGGGCCGGGCGGUCGACCCUCGGCGGACAAGCCGCGCCGCGGUCGCCGCGAGCCAGAGGCAGGUGCUGGCAGGAAGGGCCUGGUGCCCGGACGGCUGGCGGCGCGGCUCGCUUGCCCGUGUCUUUCCUCGCAGUGUUCGAGCAGCACCAGGAGGCCCGGACCCAAUUCGUGCAGACGGUGGCGGAGCUGGCGACCAGACCCCAAAACAUCGAGCCGCUGCGGAACUUAGGUGUGAUGUCUUUGCUGAAGCCUCUUCUUCUGGAUGUGAUUCCAACAGUUUAGCAGACUGCUGCUUUGGCCCUUGGGAGACUGGCUAAUUAUAAUGAUGACCUAGCAGACGCAAUUGUGAAGGCUGACAUUCUCCCACAGUUUGUUUACUCAUUGGCAGAACAGAAUCAUUUUUACAAGAAAGCAGCUGCCUUUGUGCUACAAGCAGUUGGCAAACACUCCUCUAAACUACCUUAGGCAAGAGUUGACUGUGGAGCACUGGAUGCGCUGGUGAUAUGCCUGGAAAAUUUUUACCUCGGGAUCAAGGAGGCUGCAGCCUCGGCGCUUAGAUAUAUUAGCACACAUAAUGUAGAACUGUCACAAGCUGUGGUGGAUGCAGGAGCUGUUCCUCUUUUAGUACUCUGUAUCCGGGAGCCAGAAAUUGCUUUGAAAGAGAUGGCUGCUUCAGCCCUCAGUGAUAUUGCAAAGCAUUCUCCUGAGUUAGCACAGACAGUAGUGGAUGCGGGAGCUAUUGCUUGCUUAGCCUAGAUGAUCCUGAACCCUGAUGCUAAAUUGAAGAAUAUCUUACAAAAAUGCACCUACUUACCAGCCCUUGAGCCAUUUCUGUAUGAUGUUCCUCCCAAUAUUCUGAAGCAUGUGGUUGGACAGUUCAGUAAGGUUCUGCCACAGGAUAGCAAAGCUCCGCAACUUUUUGUCACAAGUGGCGGACUUAAAAAGAUUCAAGAGAUAAAAGCUGAACCUGUAUCUGUCCUUCAGGAAUACAUUAAUAGUAUUAACAACUGUUACCCAGAGGAAAUAGUAAGGUACUAUUCCCCUGAAUAUUCAGAUACACUUCUGCAGAGAGUGGAUAGCUAUCAACCACUUACUAAGAAAAGAUGCUUUUUAUGAAUGAUAGUUAAAGCUCUUUUUAAAUAUAUGAACUAAGAACAUUCCAGAUUUAUUCA